GUCUGGAAGGCGCGACGACAAGAGAGGGAAGAGCGCGGAGCCUCACCGCUCUGGGCGGGGGCCCGGGGCCUAGGGCUCCCCCGCUGCCUCCCCGUCCCCCGGUCUCUCUCUCCCUCCCGUAACGGCUGCGGGCGGGGCUGGCUUCCCUCACAGGGGCGCAGCGUGGCGGGAGGACGAGCCGAGGGGCGUGUGUGAGAGAGAGGGGGGGGGGGGAGAACAGAGCGCCGACGGCAGUGCGAAGGGAGAGGUCCCUCGGCCUCUCCCCGCUCCGGACAGGCCGCGGCACGGUCUGUGCUGGUCUGGGGGAAGCAGGGUGGGUGCCGUAAGGCCGCCUCCUCCUCGGGGGCGGUCGGUGGGUGGUUGGGCAGCCGCCUUGCCCCCAGGAGGGCGUUGGCAUCUGCUGGCGGGGCUGCGCCUGCAGGUGCUGAGAAAGGGGAAUCCGUAGGUACAUUAGACGGGCCAGGGAGGAGGCGGGUGACACAGCGUGGCUGGUGCGUUGAGGAGAAAGAUCUGUAGGAUCUCUCGCCGCCAUGCUGGCGUGGAUUAGGAAUAGCUACGACUGGCCCCACUCUUCUCCCCCACCCCCUUAGAGAAGAGAGAAUAUGUAUGUGUCUUGCACAGACACACACAGAGCAGUGCCUCGGAGGCAUGUUGUGUUGCAAGCUCUGGCGGGUGCACAGAGCCGGGUGGAAAGAGCCAGCGCCCCACGUGGUAGAGGCUGGCUGGUCUGCGGGGCAUGUGAGUUUGUGGCCUCCUUCCCAAGUGCUUCUGGAGCGAAGUGGAGGAUUUGCUCAUAAGAAGGUGUCUUAUACCAACUCAGACCCCUGAACCUUUUAGCUUGGUGUUGUCUUCACCAGACUUCAGUUUUAUUGAGGAGGAGGGGGAGCUGCUGCUGCUGCUGCUACUGCUUCUUUACUGAACUCAUGAGAUCCACCAUAUGGAGCCAAGGACAAAAUAGUGGAGGUGGUGGGGUCAGCCUGCUCCCAGAGUUAAUGAGCAUACUUGAUUCAUCCUCAGUCCAGGGAUUUGUUUUCAGAACUAGAACUGAGUUCACAGUUCAGAUGCACAAAUAUUUGCUCUUGGUUUUCCCCCCAAGCUUUAUUCAGCUUGGCUGCCUGAUUUAGAGGAGAGAAUAUAAUCAACCGGGAGCUGGAAUUCUUGCUGAUCACCUGUUAUUCACUUCAGUUUAUAUUCUGCCCACUCCUGGUCUACACUUACUGGCAGCUAUGCUCCAGAGCAUAAGAUUCCCAAAACAUGAGUCUCUCUCAGCUCUACCUGGAAAUGUCAGGUUUGAGUUUUGCAGGUUCUACAUUCAGAACAUGUGCUCAGCUAUUAUCUGUGCCCCUCCUUCAUGACUUCAAGGUUGAAUAGGUGAAUAGUUUGGUUAUGUGGACCACAUAACUAAGACUUUUGAUGUAUGAUGUUAGACUUUUUUCAGUGUCUACUUCAGUGAUACGGGGAAAUGUGUGUUGUACUGCUGGCAAGUGUAGUAGAUCACAAUAGUGUUAGACUGUAGGGCUAAUGUAUAUCAAGUGUAUAUAUAUUCAACAAUAUAUUCAAAAUAUGCCAUACUGGAGAUUUUCAGUUGCCAGUGUUAGGAGGAAAGGUACUGUAGCAGAGCUUAAUGUGUGUAAGGUAUUAACUUCAUGAUUGUGAAUGGGGAAAUCUGUUUCUGGCUGGUGCUUGGGAGCCAUGAUUGGUAGUUUUGGAUGCAGUGUUGCAUGGAGAAAUGUCUGAUUGCAAUGUUCACAGCUUGUAUACUGUGACCUACUUCUUAACAAAAGUAAUUUCUCUUUCACUCCUGCUUUUUCUACUAUGGAAAAGAAUCUCAGUUAUGCUGUUGUAUGUAUACACAUGUAUUCUUGCAACAUGCCCAAACUAGCAUUUGCAUGUCUUUGGUGCAUCUGAGAAGUUGUGUGGGUCAGGGGAAGAAAUAUGAAAUCAAACUGAUAACCGGAGACCUUAUUUUCCCCUCUAAUGUGGUCCAAAUUGGCAAGUGCCCAAGAAGUCUUGCUUUUGUGUACAUCAUGUGAUAAACUUUUAUGCAGGUUUGUUGCCAAACCACUAGGGGGAUUUGCUUGUAUAAUGCUUGUUCCACUUCUUUCCAUAAAUAAACCUGGCAAAUGAUAGUGCUUUGACACCAUUAUGUGUGUAACUUAGAAAUAUUUAAAUAGUCUCUCUUCAGGGGAAAUUCUGUUCUAUUAGAAAGCUAAUGGAAACAAAUCUGUUAAAUAAUUGGUGGCAUCUGUAGUAGCUGGUUUAUUUUAACACUUAAAGCUAAGCAUGAAACUGAAUUACGUAAUCAACCCCUUUUCUGGAAAAGUUUUUUUCCUUACAAACUUUCCUAAAAGUGUGUGCAGUUUACCCAAAAUAAAGCCUUUGGAAGUUUUAGUGUAUGAACAUAUUCAGAGCUACUGGUACGUAUGUCCAUUCUGUAACAAGUGCCACACAGGUAAAAAAGCAAAUUCAAGGGCAUGGAAGGGUAAGUAAUGUGUGACUGUAGACUUUUGGAGAGCUUACAUGAGUAAGCAUCUCUGGAACUCAGUAGAAAUCAUAGAAUCAUAGAGUUGGAAGAGACCACAAGGGCCAUCCAGUCCAACCCCCUGCCAAGCAGGAAACACCAUCAAAGCAUUCUUGAUCAAAUGCUUCUGAAUAAAUUAAAUUCCACACUUGAGGCCAGGAAUCUGCCUGGCAAUCACAUUGUGGAAGGGCAUGAAGUGAAACCUCUUCCCAUGGCAAAGUUUUCUGGCACAUCCAAAAUGAGGGGGGCAUUGUCACUUGACUAGUUCAGCAGUACUUUAGAGGCAUGUGGAAGUGGCGAGAAGUGUAUGUAGCUUUAAAGUUUCAAGUGUAAAGCUAACCCUUUAUUUCCUCCUGCUUCUUCUGCAUGUGCCAGAAGACACUGAAUGGAGGUUUAUUGCAAAAUUUAGUGAAAACUUUUUGGAUCCCUGGUAAAACAUGUAUAGGCACAUACUGUACUACAUAUUUGUUCAUCUUGGGUACCUGGCAUUCUGACACCUUAUCCCAACAUACUAGUGUUGUCACCAGGCAAAACGUCUAGUGUUGUAUACCUCUAGCAAUUUUGCUUAAAGUUGCUGGAUGGGGUACUUUAUGGGUUCAUAUAAUAAUAAUAAUAAUAAUAAAUUUUAUUUAUACCCUGCCCAUCUGGCUGGGUCUCCCCAGCCACUCUGGGCGACUUCCAACAGAAAAAUAGAACACAGUAAUCUAUUAAACAUUAAAAGCCUCCCUGUCACAAUAGCAAAAAUGUUUUGAGAUAGAAUUUUAAACUAAUUUUUUGUCCAUUAGUUUCUAUUAAAUUUAAUUUUAAACUAGUUCCUAAAUGGUAUAUCUGCACUACAGUUGUGACUUCUUGUAACACCCAUACACUUAAAGUUCUAACCUUCAUCUGUGAGCAUAUCACCUAGUUUUAAAUUAUAAAUGAAACAAACUUCUUCCUUGGUUACAGCAGAAAAAGGCAUCAAAUUUGCUUUCUAAAGUUCCAGUCUGAAGAACCUGCAAUUUAUUGUUUUUUUCUGGAAUUAAUUUCUAUAUUAUCAAAAGCUGUUGCAUGAAGUUAUUCAGAGUGCUUUGGGUGGCUUGUUAAAGGGUGAUCUGGAAUGAAGGGUAUCAGAAAUCUUGCAUUCACAGUGCUUGUAAUUGAGCUAUACGGGUUGGGAUCUUACACAAGAUGUGAAUGCGUUUACUUCUCUCUAAUGACCUAAUCCCAAGUAUUAGCAAACUAACAACUUCUGAUGAGGAUGUACCAGCAGGUGUCAACUGUGUGUUACAAAACACUUGCAUGAGGGGUACAAAUGUCAGUUAAGUCUUCACUGCUAAACUUUUAGCUGUAACUCUUUGCUACCAUGUACUGUACUGGUAGACUUGUAGAUUCUCUUCUCUCUGUCCUCCCCAUAUAGGACAGGAGUCACAUAAUAAACCCUAUCAGCGAAAGCCCUGCACAAGGACUUCUGCUUGCACAACAGGACUUUCUCAGCCCACUGUCCCCCCAAAUUGGCUCUAGGUUGGUUGGAAGAGCCCCCCAGGACUGAGGGGGAGGAGGCUCAUUCUACCUGGCAAACUGAUAAGCUUGUGCAGGUGGAACAUUUUUGUAGCAUGACUUGAAUUCUACUCAUUAACUUGUUUACAGAUACAUCUUCUAGCAAUGGGAAUAGUAAUUGAUAGAUAAUCCAGUUGCUUGUCUGGUUCGCAUAUAACUCUAAAGUCAGGCUUCUCCAAUCUGGUGUCCAUCAGAUGUCUUGCAUCAGCCCCAGCCAACAUGGCUGAUGAUCAGGGAUGAUGUGGUCCAAAGCUUCUAGAGUCUGGAGGGCAUCACAUUAGAUAUCACUGGUUUAGUGUUAUAUCAGGUGUUGGGAACCUUAGGCUCAGGAGCCAAAUACAGCCCUCCAGGCCUCUCUAUCUGGCCUUUCAUUAUGCCUUCAGGUGCUUUUGUGUGACUUGACUUUGUGCUUUUGAAUUAUAAUGCUGCCUGCCUGGAUGGAGAGAUGUGUAGAAACCUGACGUUUGUGUGAAGGGAAUAUAACUCACGUACAAGCAGGGAUAGGGAAUCUGUGAUUCUGUGGAUGUUGUUGGAUUCCACCUUGUGGCAUGGCCAGUGGUCACGGAUUGUGGGUGUUGUAGUCCAGCAGCAUCUAGAACAGCUCCAGCUAGCAGGGCUAAUGGGAGUUGUAGUUUAAAACAUCUGGAAUGCACUAUGUUGGCUUUUCCUGAUCUAGAGUUCCUUAUCCUAGUGCAAAGAAAAAAGGCACAUCAAUUGCUGUACUCACUUGUCCUGCUCCUGCCCACUGCUUGUAUGUAGCCUUUGGAAGGUUUCCCCAAUGAAAGCAUGACACUUGGGCUGAAGAAGGCUUCCUACCUCUGUGCUACAUGGACACAGCAAACCCCCAUGGAGUAUCAGGCAUACACACGCGCACACAUAAAUACACCUCUCCUCUAAUGUGGCCAGAAUAAGGACUUGGUUUAGCAUUGCAUGUGAAUAAACAAUCCUGGUUUUGAACAAUCAGUAGUUUCAGUCCCAGCACCACUCACCUUACCGUUCCUUCCCAACUAGGACAAUCACAGAGUCAUGCCCCUACCCUAUCCUGGCCAGCCUACCCAGAAUAAUGUCACAGGCAACAUUAACAGCCAUUGAGAGGUCCAGCAGAACCAGCUAGGAUGUACUUCCCUGUUCAGUUACUGGUGUAGGUCAUUUACCAGAGAUUCAAGGAAUAGGCUCUCUUCAUACCCUGUCACCAGUACAGGCAACAACUGUUUUGCACAGGGACUGCGUUCCUGACCCCCAUGCACUUUGCCGGAGCGCGUGUAAGCCCACAAUAUCUCCUUUUCCAGUCACUUCUGGGUUGCUGCGAUGCAAGCGUGCAUGGUCACGCAUUCUUCUAAUGCAUGCAGAAUGGGAGUUGCCUGUAUAGACAAAAUCAUGGUGUAUCAAUGGCUGCUAGCUGUUAUGGCCAAGUUCUACUACCACUGUUGGAGACAGUAUGCCUCUGAAUACCAGUUGCUAGAAAUUGUGAGGGAAGAGAGUGCUGUUUUGCCUGGGCCCUGGUUGUGGGCUUCCUGUAGGCUUUUGAAUGGCCACUGUGAGAACAGGAUGCUGGACUAGAUGGGCCUCUGGCCUGAUCCAGCAGGGGUCUUGUUUUCCACCCAUUCCUUAAAAAAAUGUUUUCCAUUAAUUUUUAAUUUAAUUAUAUGCAAGCAACAUGUAACAAAACACUAUAAAAAUUCCUUCCGGUAGCACCUUAGAGACGAACUAAGUUUGUCAUUGGUAUGAGCUUUCGUGUGCAUGCACACUUCUUCAGAUACUAUGAAUUUCCUUUAUGAACAAUGCAUAUAUAAGCAAUUCUGUUUAAAAUGCCCCGGCUAUCAAUCACCAUACAUAUAUACAUCAAUAUGUCAAUUAGUUGCAGAUUAUUUCAGAAUUGUCCAAUAGUUUUAUUUAUAAAUAAAAAUCAAUAAAUAAAUGCUCCAGCAGGGCUUUUUUAUGUGCAGCAACUUAAAGAUAAGUCUGGACCCAGAUCUACUGCUUGGUAUACAGCAGGUAGUGCCUUAUUUCUGCUUAGCUUGGUGUGUCUGCUGUAUCUUUCUUCUGGGAAUGAUAGAUGUAGCCAUUGGGUUAAACUGGGUUGCAAGUUAUGUGUGCCUGCUUUGCCUAGAAGUUAAUUGUCCAAAACGCAGUGACAGGGCUCCUGACAUGAAGGAGCUGUACAGGUUGCCAAUAUGCUUCCAGGCCUAUUUCAAAGUACUGGUACCUGCCUUUAAGCCUUUCUUGCAUAUGUCACCUGCUCUCUUCGGCAUAAUACAUCACAUGGCAGCAUCGAGAUCUAAGGCAUUUGCUGAAGUGUCACUGCUGUCCUACAAUUUCCUACCCAGUGUAGUCUGAUAGUGUCAGCUUGGCAAUCUUUUGAACUCAGGUGAUCUUUUCGGGCUUUGGCUUACUGAGCUGCUGAAGUGUUUUAAAAGGCUGACUAAUGCUGUUUUGUCACAUAUGAAGGAUAUUUAUUGUGCUAUUGUCAGAAACCUAUUAGAAGCUGGUUUGGGUACCAUUUUGAAUUUGGUGUGCAUUCCUGCCAUUUAGGCAUGUUUCUAGCGUUUGAUAAUAAACACAGCGGAAGACAACAUGUUGAAAAACAAGUUAGGGUCAGUUCACUAGGUCAGCAAACUAGAAAUGUCAUGCGUUCUAUCCACUUUUGCUCACCACUGCUUCCAGUAAGCUUUCCAGAAAGAGGAAAAAUAGCAAGAACUGGCAUUUGUGUUGAAGCUUUAGGAUACAGCACCAUUUCCAUAAAGAUUUAUACACAUCAUGCUGUGUUUGGGUAAUGUAAUUACACAGCAACAUAAUACUUCCAGUUGUCCAAUCAUUGGGAUAUUUGAGAAAUCUUGAGCCUAAACUUUGAAUAUUCCAUACCAGAGACUACAAAUUGGAUGGAAUACAUUAAAUUCUUUCCAGGCUUAUAAAAAGUCUUUCCAGGCUUAUUUUAAAAAGCUACUAAAAAAUGCCCAGAUGUUUAAAUAGUCACAACUGUUUACCGUAAAUACUACUACCCAACACCAACCAACCAACUUGUAUGUUCAAGGGGUGCAGUAAUCAGACCUGACCAGGUUCUGUUUGUUUGUUUCUUUGACCCAAAUUGCAGGCUUUGCAUUUAACGUGAUAAUAAAUAAGCAUGAUUGUACAAUGUGUUCUUCCUUAAAGGUGUAAAGAGACUUCUGUUGGUCAUGCAACAUACUGAGUUCCAUAUGCUGUGACUUGUAGUAGUAGAUCAAGUCCAUGCUCUUGUUUUUCAGCUGCUAUGAAAAGCUGGUCAGUAACUGUCAAUUGAUCCUUGUUAUAUAAGCCGGACAUUUUCUGAGGAAACAUUAGCUAGGGCAUUCUUGCUAUAGUAACAUAUGAACUUUUGAUCUUAGCUGUAAUAUCUAAUCUAGGGAUGACCAACUGAGAGCCUGUAGGCAUGAUGUAGUCCCAAAGCAAUUUAUCUGGCCCCUGGUCAGGGCAACAUUUCCCAUUCUGUAACUUGGGUAUUCUUGAGGUGGGAAAUGUAUAGACAUGUACAUGUAUAACACUUAAAAUAUAUUUGCAACUCAGCCGUUAUACUGCCAAGGAGCAUAAUCCAGCACCCUUUGUUAUGCAGAAUAGAAGAGUACAAGACCACACAGCUGGAUUCAGUAGAUGACAAGCAGCUUUAAAAUUGGUGUGUUGAUUUCACAGGUUAUGAGCUGCAGUGAAGGACUUUAUGCAAGCAAACAAAUUUAAACUUAACCCAGACAAGAUAGAGAUGGUAUUGGUCAGUAGAGCUGUCUUGGGCAUAGUUUAAGAGGGUAGCACCUGCCUUGAAAAUGCAGGUUUAGAGUUUGGAUGUGCCCCUGGUUUUAUGCUUAACCAUGGUUGCUUGUGCCAGAUAGCUUUUGCCUAGCUUAAGCUCAUGUUGCAACUAUGCCUGUUCUUGGAGGCUGCAGAUCUCACCAAAAUAACAUGUGGCUUAGUUCCAUCAGGUAGGGACUAACAUUUUUCUUUUUGAGAUUAUUUUUUAAAGUCGGUUACUAGACCAGAAAAAGUUUUGUUUUAAAACUGAUUGUUCUUUAUCUACUUUCCUCAUAUGGCUCAAGCAAAUAUUCUUCAAAUUACAAUGGUACCUCUGGUUAAGAACUUAAUUCGUUCCAGAGGUCCAUUCUUAACCUGAAACUGUUGUUAACCUGAGACACCACUUUAGGCAACGUUCAAUAUGGAUAAAAGUAUAAUACCAAAAAUAAAUUUUAAAAUACAAUAACCAACAUUAAUGAACAAUUAUACAACCACUGGCUAAAGAACAAACUCUGACUGUUUCCACUGCCACUGCAGAUAUAUGAGCAGUUGAAAUGGCUCUACCAUACCCUGUCAAAUAAAUGUUCUUUUUUACUGUUAAAUACAAUAAAAAGUGGACAAAGAAGGGCAUAAUGCCUCCUAGCAAAAGUCAUGAAAUGGUGAAAUAUUUGUGUCUUCAACUGUUUCAGAGCCAUUUCUGUGACAGUUUUGUCCAACCAAGCUAACUCUGACUGUUAGUCAUAAAGACUCCUGGCUGCUUCUGGGACUGUCUACAGUACACCAUGCUCUGAGGAAGUGUGUAGCAAUGGCAUAUUUAAAUUGGCCAGAAUAUACAGGCUUUUAGGUCAGGGUAUCUUCUUACGUAAACAGCACUUCAUCCCACUUGAGUAGCUGAGACUGUGUUACAAUAUCAUUCUGAUUUGCUGUUAAAUUGUGCUACGUCCUGCUGAAGGUCUCAGGUUGCUUAAAAUGUUUCAUGAUUUGUUCAGCUCUGUCUAAUACACUGACAGGUCCAGUAACAACUAGAAGUAGGACUUUCUUCUGUUGGUCUAGUACAGUGUUGGGGAGUGACUUAUUAGUGUUUAAGUUGUGGACUAGCGUUUAGAGAAUGGCAGGAGGAGAUGACUGGUUUAGCCUGUGGGAUGCUGUCUUGGAAGAAUAAUAUUGAGUUUUCAGUAUCCUUGGGCUAAGAAAUUAUUUAUUUUAAAGGUACUAGCAGUGCCAUAUUCCAACUAUUCUGUAAUGUAGAUAUUUUCUAGCAUGCAACUGGAUCCAGGUAGGGGAAAGGGAUCUCGUGUUGCUUUCUUGUUGGACUCUGACCAAAAAGUAGUAGGAUAAAGAUGAGAUAGUUAGGGUGUGUUAGAAAGUGUGUCAGAAGUGGUCCAUAAUCCAUGCAGCAGGGAUGCUUAAAUUUGGCAACCUGAAAGUUAAUACAGAUCCAAUAAGAGGGAGAUCACUUAUUUGUGCCGCUGAGAAAAUUGGUGGGGAAGAUGCUCAGUGCAUAUAGAUAAGGCUUUUUAUAACAGCAUAUCAGUGUGACCAUUUAAAGAAUUCUAUUGGGAUACCUAUGACAUGUUUAAAAACACUGAUUAUAAGAGUAGCCCUCCCUAAGCUAUAGAAACUCUGGUCCUUUCUACUCACUACUUUGAAUUUUUAUUGGUGUUUCAUCUCCAUUGCUAGGAACAUUGUCUAUUGAACUUACUGGCUGUUCUGUUCUGAGACCUGUCACCUGAUACAUAGGGGGUUCCUAAUCAAAGCAGUUUCUAAUCAGACUUAUGGAACAACUACUUAGAUUUCAGUUUGUAAGAAAUCUGCAGGGAAGCAGAGUCCUAAAGAUAGUAUGAAUAAUGCUUGCACUACUGUGAUAAAAGCUGCCAUUUGGUGACUACUCGUAUGUACCUAGUUAAAGUAAAAACCUGGGUAGAUAAGACAUAGUUUCCUAUUUCAGAUACAUUUUUUGGUUACUUGAGGGGCUGUGUUUCUAAAUUUGGAACUUUAUUUGAAGGUUUUUUUUGUCAUAUAGAGAUCAAUAAUACAGCACUGGUUAUAAUUAAACCUUAAAGGUGGGAGGAAGGGGAUUUUGAGGGAAAUUCUAAAUACUUUUCUGCAGCAUGAAUGAAUAAUUAUCAGAAGCAGGUCACCCAAAAAUGCCCAUGGUAAUAUCAAACUGUUGGUGCCAGACAACUGCUGUAUUCAGUUGUAGUUGAGAUCCAUUAUCAGUAAUAGCCAUUGGCACAGAACUACAGGCUGUGGAAUGCAGUGCAUUCCUUGUCAUUAUGUCAGGACGAAAGCCAAUAAAACAUAUCUUCCAAGGUAGUGUUCUAAUUGUUUUUCUAAAAAUGUUUCCAUUUAAACAGUUACAUUUUUCUUGAAAAAUUUGCAUAGCAAUACCAGAAUUAGGUUUCAUAUUGAAAAUCUAUUGUGCAAGAGAUUACUAGACCCUCAAUCCAUUUCAGCUGACAGCAAAAAGAAAAGCAAAAAGCAAAAAAGAAGCCAUGAUUUGUAUAUGCUGUGUUUUAAGUACCGGUAACCCCCCCCCAAACCCCAAUUUCUUCAAGUGGAGGAAACAGUAUGCAAGCUGCAUGACUAAACCCCUGGCUCAUCUCAGGCAAUGCAAAAUCAGCUGUUGUGAAGUUUGAAAAGUGAAUUUUUCAUGUUUUGUUCAGUGGGAGGCAGUGGAAGACAGGAGUGCCUGGCAUGCUAGGUCCAUGGGGUCACGAAGAGUCGGACACAACUAAACGACUAAACAACAAAAGUUCAGCAAACCCCCUUGAGGUCCUUAAGCACAGAGUGAUGUCCAACUAAGCCACACUGGGUGUAGACACAUUGAAAUAAAUGGACUUGAGCCCAUUGAUUUCAGUGGGUUUUCUUGGAGUAUGAUUAAGAUUGGAUAUCAUUCACCACUAACAUCUGCUAAUGCAACAUUUGGAUAAGUAUUGACUUCCUCUUCUGAGAGCUGUCUUGUAUACAAAUGGUGCUAAGCAAAUGUGGUGUUUUGCUUUGGCAAACAGGAUUUACCCUUCCCCUCUUCCCCUAAUGCCCACCCAAAAUUUUCUCUAGAACAUUGGGUAGCCCUCUGUGGGUGGUGAGGCAUAGACGACAUGGAAAUCAUAUUGUGUCUGCUGGCAUGACGUAUCUUGCCCAAAUACUCUUCUAAUUUUAAUAUGUAAUCUGAAUUGCUUCCUUUGUGGGGUGAAGGUUUGAGUAAACAUUUUGUAUGUGCCCAAAUGAAUGGAAUGGUGCCAUAUCCAAAAAUAGUUCAUUGUGGUUCUAUAGAUUUAUUUUAGUCAUUUUCUUAACAAAUGCUGUUCUGUAUUUCUCCUUCACAGAAAAGUUUAUGCAUGCAUUUCUCUGUUUAAAUCUGAAGUGUUGGACUUUGUAGGUUAUGCAAGUGUCAACAUGUAUCUUACAUGCAAUGUCUUAAUUCAGCACAAUUCAGGAAUUAGGGAAGUCAGUCAGGUUAAAACUGCUAACUUCUGCUACAGUAUUGCAGAACCAGAGCAUGUGGACAACCAUUUUUCACUAAUCAUUUGAAAAAUAAGACUUUAGAGCCGUCUUGCCCAAAAAUGGCAACUAGGCACCCCAUUUUGGUGACUGCAAUGCUGGUUUAAGGAGCCAUUUGGCACCUAGCUUAUAUAUCUGAAUUUCUAACACUGACACUAAUAGCCACUAUGUUUAGAAGACAACAAGAACCCAGAAAAAAAUUAGGAAUUUGCACCGUCCAUAAUAAAAUAAUUCUUAUUCUAAAACUGCACAGAGAGAACUUUAAUACAUUCAUACAGGCACAGUGGGAUAAAACCAGGACACUACGAUUAGUUUUGUCCUACUGUAAGUUGACGCAGGGCUGGAAGGAAGCAGAGUGCUUUCUGAAUGUUCCAUGGUGGGAAAGAGAAAGUUGGCCAUCAAUGAGAGCAGGUUUGUGGUUCUGCCUUUGGAACAGAAGGUUCUGUUGCAUUCUAUUUAGUUCAUUGGUUCUUCAACUGGUAAAUUGGGUCUCAGUCUGACCCAAGAUGGAGCACAACAGAACUGUUGUUGUUGUUUAGUCGUUUAGUCGUGACCCCAUGGACCAGAGCACGCCAGGCACUCCUGUCUUCCACUGCCUUCCGCAGUUUGGUCAAACUCAUGUUCGUAGCUUCGAGAAAACUGUCCAACCAUCUCAUCCUCUUUCGUCCCCUUCUCCUAGCGCCCUCAAUCUUUCCCAACAUCAGGGUCUUUUCCAGGGAGUCUUUUCUUCUCAUGAGGUGGCCAAAGUAUUGGAGCCUCAGCUUCACGAUCUGUCCUUACCAUGCAAAUAUAUGGAGAAAACUUUGUGGAUGCAGAAGAGAACGCCUUUUUGGAUACUGAGGAAGAGGUGGUUACAGAGAAGCCAUGCCCAAUACAAAUUGUUCUUGCUCAUGAAGACGAUCAUAACUUUGAACUGGAUGAGUCAGCAUUGGAGAGAAUUUUGCUUCAGGAACACAUAAGAGAUCUCAAUAUAGUAGUUGUUUCUGUAGCUGGUGCAUUCCGUAAAGGCAAAUCUUUUCUCUUGGACUUUAUGCUUAGGUAUAUGUACAACAAGGAAUCAUCUUCUUGGAUAGGUGGAAGCCAAGAGCCUUUGACUGGGUUUACAUGGAGAGGAGGGUGUGAGAGAGAAACAACUGGAAUUCAGAUUUGGAGUGAAGUGUUCGUAAUUCCCAAGCCUGAUGGGACAAAGGUUGCAGUAUUGCUAAUGGAUACCCAAGGUGCCUUUGAUAGCCAAUCAACUAUCAAAGACUGUGCAACUGUAUUUGCUUUGAGCACCAUGACAAGUUCGGUCCAGGUGUACAAUUUAUCACAGAACAUUCAAGAAGAUGAUCUUCAGCAUUUGCAGUUGUUUACAGAGUACGGAAGGCUAGCUAUGGAAGAAAUUUAUCAAAAGCCAUUUCAGACACUAAUGUUCUUAAUUAGAGACUGGAGCUAUCCUUAUGAACAUCCAUAUGGCUUAGCUGGAGGAAAACAAUUUUUAGAAAAAAGGUUACAGGUUAAGGUGCACCAGCACGAAGAGCUCCAGAAUGUAAGGAAGCAUAUUCACUCAUGUUUCAGUAAUCUUGGCUGUUUCCUAUUGCCACAUCCUGGUCUUAAAGUCGCAACAAACCCAAGCUUUGAUGGGAGGCUAAACGACAUUGAUGACGACUUUAAGAGUGAGCUACGGAAUCUGGUUCCAUUGCUGCUUGCUCCUGAAAACCUGGUAGAGAAGGAGAUCAGUGGCUCGAAGGUGACAUGUAGAGAUCUUGUGCAAUAUUUCAAGGCUUAUAUUAAAAUCUAUCAAGGAGAGGAACUGCCUCACCCUAAGUCAAUGCUUCAGGCAACAGCAGAAGCCAACAACCUUGCUGCGGUAGCUGGAGCAAAAGAUACUUACAACAAAGGAAUGGAGCAGGUUUGUGGAGGAGAUAAGCCUUAUAUUGCUCCUGCAGACUUAGAGCGAAAGCACCAAGAUGUAAAAGAGCUUGCCAUAAAACAAUUCCGUUCUGUGAAAAAGAUGGGAGGUGAGGAUUUCUGUCGCCGUUACCAGGACCAGCUUGAUGAAGAGCUCGACGAAGUCUAUGCAAACUUUGUGAAGCACAACGAUGGCAAGAACCUCUUCUAUGCUGCCCGUACCCCUGCUACUCUCUUUGCUGUUAUGUUUGCUAUGUACAUAAUCUCAGGACUGACUGGCUUCAUUGGAAUGAACUCCAUAGCUACCCUAUGUAACCUUGUAAUGGGGGUCGCACUCGUCUCCCUUUGUACUUGGGCAUACGUUAAAUACUCUGGGGAAUUCAGAGAAGUUGGAACACUCAUUGAUCAGAUGGCUGAGCUACUAUGGGAUCAGGUGAUAAAACCUCUUGGUGAUAAUUUGAUUGAGGAUACUAUGAGACAAUCGGUUACAAACUCUCUCAAAGCAGGCCUGACUGAACAGAUGUCUCAGCAUACCAGAUUAAAGACAGAUUGACCAUUCAUCUCCUUUCAUCUGCCUGCCCAUCCUAGAAUUGCUUGCUGUACAAUGAGAACUCAAUAAACCAAAGUUUACAUUGACUCUAGAGAAGUAGAUUAUUCUGACUGGCUUCUCAAUUUGCUGCCGUCACAUUGUGGGGUGUGUGUGUGUGUGCGGGUGCAGGGUAGGAAGUUUUGAUGGCUUUUAAGGCUUUCUCCGUUUUUUGCUUCUGAGACACAGCCCAGGGCAACAAAUAACAGGAAAGUGAGGUCUUGGCUACGACAAUAUUGGCUACGACAAUAGUGUACCCACAGGGAGGUGAUGUGGGCUCUGUCUUGCAGAAACAUAUCCACUGUAAAAGGGUUUUUCAGGGAAGUAAUUUAUCGAGCCUAUACAAGGAAAUCUUUUAACAGAAUGUAUGUAGCCACAAAAUAUCCCAUCAAAUAUUUUAACUUUGUGAACACUUGUAAACCGUUAACAUGAUGAAUCCAGCUGACAUAUCAGCGGUCGCAGUCAGCUGCGGAGUCAUGUUUGAGCCACUACAUUUAGCUACUCCUUGCUUUUCUGCCUUUUCUACCAGUAUUACCCAAAUGCAUGUGUAUUAUCUCCACAGAAAUUACAUUUAGAGGUAACAAUUGUAACCAAGGAAGCUAUCUUCAAGUGUACAUUGUCUUGCCUUUUAAACUUUGGAGACCUUGUCCUACAGGAUAUGCGUAUUGAGAAACGAGAGCAGAUUUUCUCUGCAGUUUUAGCCUUCAUGUAUAUAUAAUGCCAUUAAUACAACUUGCGGGGGAGAAAAUCCAUCCAAAAACAAACCGUUGCCUACAGCUACAAAGCAAUGAGUUAGGAUUGUCUGUACAGUGUGUCUAGUUAUUUUUUAAGAAACCACAGGGCAUGUAAAAAAUAUAAAUAUAUAAAUACAAUUUUGUAUCAAAGUUUUGUAGUUUAUGGCAAAACCUGGUUCUGUGAUAGGCAAAGUACAGUCCUUGUAAAGGAAUGUUUGUGGCUCAUGUAAAUGUGUGAAUGCAUCAACACAAUUUGGAGUUUUUUGAUAUUUUUGUGAUAUUUACUGCCUUGAGCACUGCAAUCUCACCCCCAUGGGAAAUCAGUGGGAAUGUUUGUUGUGAAACUUUGUCCUCAGUUGCAGUUUAAAGUUAUUUCCUGUAAUUUAUUUUCCGGUACAUUAAAAUCAAUUGUGUAUAUAUGAAAUUAAA